AUGAAGAGCACGGAACCAUUCCCUUCCAGCUUCCGCGCGGCCAGGCCCAGGGCGGACAAAAACUGCCCCCCCAAUCCGGAUGCGGGGCAGAGCUGGCAGAGCACACAGCCCUUCUCUUCCAGCUUCCUCGCAGCCAGGCUCGCCGAGUACACGAGCGGCGGACAACGACCUAUCCGACCGGAUGCGGGCCGUCCGGCGGAUCAGGACAGCACACAGCUCGCUCCGGCGUCGCAUGUCCUUGCCUCUGUGCGAGGCAGGGCCCUCAGUCCGGGCCCCGAGCAGAGCGGCAAGCACCAGCCGGCGGGAGACUCCCUAGACCAGCUGGUCCUGCGGUGGGAUCCGCGGGUAAGGAUUGUCUUCAGACAGACCCGGGCCCUGACGAUCCAGAUCGACCGCGCAGAACAGCAGGACGUUGCGGUGCUAUCAAAACCUAGUUCCUCGGGGCAGCCGGUCUGGGUCAAUCUCCUGGGCUGCAUACAGAGCAGGAGUGAGCCCGUGUUCUCCGUGGCAGCCGGGAGCAUCCAGUGCGAUUUCGCCUACAUCCCAAACUGCGACAGCAUGGUCCUACUCAACCUCGCAAGCCCUAUCGAGAUCCAGCAUGUGUCGCAUUCAGACUUCUCACGUGAAGUUCCGGCAAAAGGGCACGCCAACCCUCAGUCCAGGCACUUGGAGAUAGUCUACUGCUAA